UGUUACAGGGCUUGCAGAAAACAUCACAAUUUAAAUUCUGAAUGAUGGUAUCUAAACAAAUUGUUAAUAUUGUAUUUAUGUGAGAAACGAAAUGCCUCCGACUGUAGUUCAACUUACACAUCGACUUUUGCAAAUAAUCAACAAAGACGGGACUAUUUCGGAUCAAGACGUUGCAUUAGAGAUUAUAGCCAUGCUGGAGACCACUGUCAUAUCAUGUGAGGAAUUAGAGGAGACAAGGCUUGGAAAAUACAUCAACGAUGUUCGUAGAGCUGCCACUGAUACUUCAAUACAAAGACGAGCGAAAAAAUUAAUAAAAACUUGGCAACAAAUGAUCCAGGUUAAGAAGCGACCCAAAACUGUGCCUGAAGUUGUUGCAGCAAAGACCAAGCCUGUGGGGAAACCAAAGCAAGCACAACGAACUACAAAACAAACCAUUGUGAAUGGGGAGAAACCGAACAAACAAAGAAAUAAUUCUCCUGCGAAACCAAAUGAAAAAAACAAAAUCAUAUCAAAAAACGCAAAACCAAAAGUACCAGAAAUAAGGGACUCUGAAAAUAAUCAAUCGAAUAAUUUUACUUGUAUGACCAACGGUCUAAAAGUCACAUUUUCUAAUUUACCGACCAAAUCUCCGUCAAAUAACAUUUCUAUGAAACAUCCAACCAAAAGGAAAAGAACUGACGAGAACCAAGAUUUUGUGGCAAAAUCUGAAAAAAUCCCAGCAAAAAACAACACUAAUAUUUCAAGCAUUUCUUUAUCUAAUGUAACAAAAGUAAAUGACGUCACGAAGACGUCACUCGAAACGCGAGAAGUUACUGCAACUAAAACUGAAAACGUAAACCACAAGCCUUCGUCUCCGAAUAUCGAGGCCAAAACGCUUUCCGACGCCGGAGAACCGGGUUCCCUGCCCCGCGGAAUCGACACCAAAGACUCAGGCCCUGGUACAAGCGACGAACGGCCCGGCAUCGACGGCUGCAGAACUAACAACGGUUUAUGGUUUUCGUGGCAAGACGGUAUUUCAGUGCAAAGAGCUGACUUAUUUGAAACAAACGAUCAGGACGAUAUAUUAACUAUUUUACCAUACAUAGAGUUAGACUAAAGUGAAAUUAAUCGUUUUGCUUUUUCGUUUCAAUUCUUCUAAUUAAACAUACCAGCCUGCCCACCUCUUAGUUUCAACAAAUACGUUUCUGCAACUAAAACUUAGUAAAUAUUUUACUGAAAUGUGUAA